AACUAAGAAGGUAACGAACUAUGAGAAACAGAGAAUGAAAACAAUUAAUAAAAACCGUGAGAGAAUGAAUGCUCUAGGACUGAAGAAUAUAAUAACUUGUUUGAAGGCUGUGGUUCAACAUAAGAAAUUGAGGAAGGAAAAACAAAUACCAAUUGAGAAAAAUGACGAUGAUUAUCGACCUUCAAAGGUUGAAGAUGGCAGUGACACUGAAUCCUAUGAUUCAUUUGAGCAUGAGCUGUUAGAGAUACCAUCGAGAGCCCGUUCACAAUCUCAUCAUGAGGCAUUGACCCACGCAUCAGAAGAUGGGGGGGAUACUUCUUCACGUCCUGAGGUGGCUAGCCAUCCGCCACCACCUCUCAAUGUGGAGCCUCAACUUGAGGUGACUGCUGGUAAUACUAUUGCUGCUAAGUGUGUUCGUGGCCCGACUCGAGGCAAAGAAGUUCAAGGCCUUGUUGAUAGAGAUGGAAAGCAUAACGUGCCUAUCCCUCCAGAAUUUCGUGCAUCGGUAGGGGACUAUGCCUCAAAACUUGCCUCAAAGAUUGGUGUAGAAGUGCGAACACGUUUACCAGAUCCAAGUGUUCGUAGGUGGAAGUAUGUUGAUGCCUCCAUUAAGGAGGCGAUGUUUCAACGCUUGAAUGAUCAAUUUGAUUUACAAGGAGACCCUGUUGAUGUAGAGAAGGCAAUGAACACAAGAUUUGGUCGGAGAUUGAGAAACCAUACCUAUAGGCAUGGAGCUGAAGGAGGCUAAAGGGGAGGAGUAUGCAAGAAAUCACCCACCGAAGGAUGUUGAUCCUACCAAGUGCAUAGAUCUUAUUGAUAAAAAGUGGAACACUAAAGAAUUUCUGGAACAAUCAAAGGCCAACAUCGCGAACAGAGAAAGGAUGUAUACAAAACAUAGGCACGAGAAAAGAAGAUGCUACCUGAUCUAGCAGAGUUGUACAAGGAAACUCACUAUAAUGAGAAAACACAUAAGUGGAUCUCAUCUCAAGCUCAGUGUAAUUAUGUGAGAAUAUAUUGCAAUUUUUAUUAACAAAAUUUUAGAAUACUAUUUGUUAUAAUCUUAUUUAAUUUUUUAAUAAUUAUUUAAUUUUUUUAAUAUUUGAUAAGAAAAUAUGAUACAGACACAGGCUGAUCACCUCUCACAGCCAGGAUCAACCCCUUUGACUGUAGAAGAGCUAUCAAUCAAAGUUCUAAAGCCAAGGUCUGGCUAUGUGAAGGGACUUAGCAUGAGACCGUCAUCCUCUAUUAGGAGGACCACUACCAAAUAUGCUGAAACAAAUGAUUAUGUAAAGUGCCUUGAGAUGCAAAUAGAGACGCAGAAGGAACAAAUACAAAUGCAGAACAAUAAAAUAGAAGAUCUUGAAGAGGGUAAGAAGAAGCAAGGGGAGACAAUGGUUGAUGUUGUCAACUUUUUGAGGACCAAAGGAUUCACUGGAUACUUUGAAAGUAGAGGGGACUCAUCCACAAGUGGACAUACUUCUUGAUUGGAUUGGGGUGGCAUUUUUGACGUGCAACAAUGAUGUAAUUUGCUUGAAUGUUCAUUUUUGUUUGAUAAGAAUACACAUACUUUUUGGAGUUGCACUAGUUAUUGUUGGAUUUUUGGUAGAAUUGAACAAGUUAUAACUUUUGGAUAUUUUGUGGAUAUUUCACUAUUUUAUUGUAUUAGGAUGAAAUUAUUUGUAA